AAAAAUCGGGGGGAAGGACAAAAGUCAAGAGCGCGAUGCCUACAUUAAAUCAAUUGAUUCGUCAUGGUAGAGAAGAAAAACGGCGCACGGACCGUACUCGAGCUUCGGAUCAAUGUCCCCAGAAGCAAGGAGUACGCCCGCGUGUACCAACGAGAACACCGAAAAAACCUAAUUCAGCUCCACGUAAGAUAGCCAAAGUACGGUUGAGCAAUCGACAUGAUAUAUUUGCUCACAUUCCGGGCGAAGGUCAUAAUUCGCAGGAACAUUCUAUAGUCUUAAUAAGAGGAGGUAGAGUGAAAGAUUCGCCAGGUGUGAAAUCCCAUUGUAUUCGAGGAGUCAAGGAUUUGUUGGGAAUUCCGGAUCGAAGAAAAGGGAGAUCAAAAUAUGGUGCAGAAAAACCAAAAUCGAGAUGAAUGGAAGAUGCCUCUGUCACUCUUUUUUCUCCAAUUUUCAGUACGAAGUUACUGGCUCUAAGAAGGCAAUUGCGCCUUAGCCCAUGGACUGAUACGGAGACUACUCUACAGGGGAAAUAUCUUACUCGACUAGAGCGGAUCCCGAGACUUCACCCGUUCCUUUAAACUGUUGGGCACUACAUUCUAUAACGAGAAUCACAAGGCCGGUCAACAAGGAACAACCUGGCAGAGUGUCCUGAGA